UUUUUUUUUUAGCUAUUGUUCCUUUAUCUUUCUCCUCUCUCUCUCUCUCUCUUUCUAAAUAUAAAGAAAAAGAAAACACAACAAGAAAAGAAAAGAGUUUUUAGAGAUUCAUGGGAAAUCAACAUUCCAAGUCACUGUCUAGUAAUUAUAAGAAAAGAUCUAAAUCGAUGACAAUGCGAUCAUCAUCGAAAAAAGAGCAAAUGAUAGACAAGUCCAACGAAAUGAAUAAUGUGAAGAAAACAGUUAUUGUCGAAAAUGUGUUAUUGCCAUCGAGUACUUGUGGUACAAUGGUGCAUCCAAAGUCAGAAUAUAAAUCAACAACAGAAACAUAUUUAUAUCAUGGAAGAAAGUAUCAAAAUUUUAAUACCAAGUAUAUUUUACCAAAUGAUGAGUUAGAGCAAGAUAGAUUGACUCAACUGCAUUUCAUAUACAAAUAUCUUUUCAGUGGUAAUUUCUCUGCUCCUGUAAAAGAUUUACUUUCUAUUAGACAAUUAAAACGUAAUUCGGGGAGUAGCUUCAGUCAAUGGAUACAAGAUGUACCACCACCUAGAGUAUUAGAUCUUGCCUGUGGAAAUGGCACUUGGAUAUUAGAGAUGGCUACUGAAUUCCCUGAUAGUCAGUUUUAUGGUGUAGAUCUCUCUGCUACUUACCCUACUACUAUUAAACCUAUAAAUACUCACUUUUCUCAAUACGAUAUAAUUCAGCCUAAUGGUUUACCUUAUCCUGAUAAUUAUUUUGAUUAUAUCCAUAUGCGUCAAGUCUAUAUUUGCUUUUCUACUGAUGAUUGGGUGACUAUUAUGAAGGAGAUUAAAAGACUAUUAAAACCAGGUGGCUAUGUUGAAUUUAGAGAUAUGGAUCCAAUACUAAUAAAUCCGGGACCAAUCACUCAAAACUUUUUCCUAGACUUCCCUAAAACAAUGCAAGAACAUCACAGUGUAAAUAUAUUAUGGGCAAGAUAUAUGCAUGAUGUCCUUCAGCAUGCUGGUUCUAUGACAGAUAUACGCAGACAAGUUCUCCCUUUACAAUUUAAUACAAAGGGCCCAAUAGGGAAUAUGAUUCAUACUUCAUUAAGGCUUUCACUAGAUAGUUAUCGACAUUUCUUCGAAAGACAUAAUAGGAUAGUCGACACAGAUUAUAAUACAAUAAUUGAUACCAUUUUGGAAGAAACUGUUCAAUACAAUUCUUAUUUUAAUUAUUAUUGUUGUUGGGGGAGGAAACCAUUAUGUGAUACAGAGUACCAUCUUCCACAACGUAUUUUUAAUAAUAGGCGAUAUUCUGCUGCUACUACUACUACUACUACUGCUGCCGCUGCUGUUACUAGAAAUAAUUCUAUUACAAUAGCUAACAAUAGUAGUAGUAAUAGUAGUGUUUAUAGCAAUAAAAGUGAUGAUACAGCUAUUGCUAAUAAUAAUAAUAUUAAUAAUAAUAGUAAUAAUGCAUCUUAUAUUAGUAAUAAUAAAAUCAUUAUAGAAGAAGAAGAUGAGGAAGAUAAAGAAGAACAUCAAUGGAUAAAUGAUACUAAUCAUACAAGUGCAAACAAUAGCUUAUCUAGUUUUAUUUUUUAUCCCUGGGAGCAAGAAGUUAUUUCUUUAGGGAUUGAAAAUAUGUCUGACAUACAUCAAUUUGUAGAAGGUUAUGAAGACUAGUAAAAUCAUAUUUACAUUUUAAUUUAUAAUAAAGCCUG